AUGAAUGACAAAAAUGGUCUCUCCCCGUCGGUGGUCGAAACGAUAGCCGGCUUUACUGCCGGCGUUUGCUCGACGCUCGUCGUCCAUCCACUUGACAUUGUCAAGACACGGCUCCAAGUGGACCGGUUUUCUUCCUCACGAAUUGGUAAUUCACUCCGCAUUAUACGUAGCAUUUCGCGCAAUGAGGGUGGAAUAAAGGCGUUCUAUCGAGGGCUUACACCCAAUCUUGUCGGAAACUCUGUGAGCUGGGGAUUAUAUUUCCUAUGGUAUGGCGAGGUUAAGGAGCUCUUAAGCGUUGCUCGCGGAACUGAUAGCCUUACUUCGUUGGAUUAUUUUGUGGCAUCCGGAACGUCCGGGGUGCUGACCACCAUUCUCACCAAUCCAAUAUGGGUUAUCAAGACGCGGAUGCUCUCCACAGGCGCUCAUGUGCCGGGUGCCUACCGGUCCAUGAUGUCUGGAUUUCAACAAAUAUACCGCACUGAAGGCUUCACUGGGUUCUAUCAGGGUCUAGUACCAGCUAUGUUUGGAGUAUGCCACGGUGCUCUGCAAUUCAUGGCCUACGAGCAGCUUAAGAGAUAUCGAACACGGAUGGCUCAAGCUAAUUCCUCGGGGGGACACCCGGAACCAACUGAUGCAUCUUCAACACAGCUCAAGACCCUGAGCAAUAUGGACUACCUCCUUCUUUCGGGGAUAUCAAAAAUCUUUGCCGGGGGCGUGACGUAUCCGUAUCAAGUUCUUCGAGCCCGUUUGCAAACAUAUGACGCUAGGGGGACCUACAAGGGCGUACGAGAUGCGUUUGUACAGAUAUUACGCACGGAAGGAUUGUCUGGGUUCUAUAAAGGCCUGGGACCGAACCUGGUCCGCGUUUUACCCAGUACAUGGGUUACUUUCCUUGUAUAUGAAAAUGCAAGGGUAUAUCUCAGGACAGAUAAAUGA